AUGUCAUAACUGCAGGUGAACAGGUGACCAUCCUGGGCUAUAACAAGGGAGGCGAGUGGUGCGAGGUCAAAAACAAGGCCGGGGACAUCGGCUGGGUGCCUAGCAACUACAUCGCACCGGUCAACAGCCUUGAUAAGUUUUCCUGGUACCAUGGACAGAUUUCUCGGAACGCAUCGGAGUACCUGCUCAGUAGUGGCAUCAAUGGAAGCUUCCUGGUCCGGGAGAGUGAGAGCAGCCCGGGUCAAAGGUCGAUAUCAGUCAGGUUUGAGGGAAGGGUCUACCAUUACAGGAUCAGCGAGGAUUCCGAUGGAAAGGUGUUUGUGACUCAGGAGCACCGCUUUAACACGCUGGCAGAACUUGUCCACCACCACUCCAUACACUCAGAUGGCCUGGUCACCACGCUGCUAUACCCUGCCCCAAAACGCACCAAACCAACAGUGUUCGGCCUUAGCCCCGAGCCUGACCGAUGGGAGAUCGAACGCACGGAAAUUGCCAUGAAACACAGGCUAGGCGGAGGUCAGUAUGGCGAUGUAUAUGAGGCAAUUUGGAAGCGCUACAACAAAACUGUUGCUGUUAAAACUCUCAAGGUAAGAAAUACACACUGGUUGAAUUAA